AUGGAGGGUGGGUUAGGGGUUCACAGUUUGUUUCAUUUUAAUGUUGCAUUGAUGGCAACGCAUAUUUGGAACCUCCUAACUAGGAAAGAAUCGUUAUGGAGGCAACCCAUCUUGGAGUUGGAGGAAGAUUUUGCAUUUAGGCCAUUAGUUCGUCAGUUCUUUUGGUCGAAGCUUGGCAAUGGUCGCAACACUUCUGCUUGGUUCGACAAUUGGUCUGAAUCAAGCCCUUUAUAUAACCAUUUAUCUGUCUGUUUGAUAUCUAAUGCAACUUACAACAGUUCUGAUAUGGUAGCUGAGUUAAUUACGUUCCAAAACUGGAAUUGGUCGAGUACAUGGCUGGCUAUACUCCCAAAUGCUAGUGUCCCUGCUUUAACUCAAGAUAAAGAUGACAAGCUGUGCUGGAGAAAUAGAAACGGAGUUUUGCUUGAUUUUUCUAUUUCACAGGCUUGGGAAGUCAUUCGUCCACGUGCUGUUGAGAUUGCUUGGUACCAUGUGGUUUGGUUUGCUCAUUGUGUUUCGAAAUAUUCGUUUCACUUAUGGCUACUUAUGAAGUGUAAACUGAAGAUGCAGGAUAUUUUAAGGCCAUGGGAUGUGUCACCAACAACACCUUUGGUCUAUGCGCUUUGUGAUGGACAGCCGGAUUCUCACACACGUUUUCUUUAA